CGCGCGAGUCGAACCGUUCGUUUGGUAGUUUAUCCGCUCGGGCGGCGUUCGUAACAUGAACUCGCAUUUCGAUACGUGUCGCGGCUCGCCGCGCUCGCUUCGUCGAUAACAUCUGCAAAUCCGAUAGUGAUAGCGCGAUACGGCUCGAUUUCGUGUCAAACGCGACAGUCUGCCGCGAGCCAUGUGAUCGCUCCCGCCGAUGGGAGCGAGGAGCGAACAAAAAAGCCGCCCGCUAAUGUCUACCCCUCCCAGUCGCUACAAAAAAGGGAUAAAAAGAAUAUUCCUGGAAUGCGCACAUGUGGACGCCGGGUAACUGAGGCCUUCAUCGAGUCCGCAGUGUCGUCACGAUGCCUCGCAGGAACAAGUGGACACAUCUGGCUGCGGGCGUCGUCGCCGGCGUCCUGCUCGGCAUGUUCAUCAAAAUGUGCUCGUGGACUUCCUCCAGGACAACGAUGGAAACCUGUCCGCAAUCCGCGAAAGCGUACGUCGCCCCCGACCCGUACGCCUUGAUAGGCCUCGGCCCCGAAGAGACAGUGCAAAAUUCUAACAGGACUUUAGUUUUCGUGGGUGUUAUGACGGCGGAACAGUACUUGGAUACUAGAGCUAAAGCAGUGUUCGAGACUUGGAGUCAAGAUUUGCCGGGUCGUAUUGCGUUCUUCAGUUCGGAAGUGUCGCGAGCUCCAGGAUUGCCUCUGAUUCCAUUACGGGGUGUGGACGACAGUUACCCACCGCAGAAGAAGUCAUUCCUUAUGUUGUUGUACAUGUACGAGAAAUUUGGCGAUAAAUUUGAGUGGUUCAUGCGUGCGGACGACGAUGUUUACGUUAGAGGUGAUAAGAUGGGGGAGUUCUUACGGUCGGUGGAUAGUCGAAAGCCUCAGUUUAUAGGGCAGGCUGGCAGAGGCACGAACUCUGAGCGGGACGCAUUAGCGUUAGACUAUAAUGAGAAUUUUUGCAUGGGCGGUCCCGGAGUGUUGUUUUCUAAGGAGACCUUACGGAGGGUGGCUCCCCACGUGAAGUACUGCCUCAAGCACCUAUACACGACGCAUGAGGACGUCGAGCUCGGCCGCUGUGUUGCCAAGUUCGCCGGCGUUUCCUGCACAUGGAGUUACGAUAUGCAAACGAUUCUGCAUCACAACAGCAGUGGCUCCGCAGCAUACACCGGCCGCCUGAAGAAGAGAGAAGUCCAUAGAGCCAUUACUCUUCACCCAGUCAAAGACCAUAGACAUAUGUAUCGACUCCACUCAUACUUUAAGAACCUUCGAAUUCAAGAGAUAAGGGAGGACACUCUGGAUCUUCAUAGAGACAUCGCGAUGUCGUUGCGGGAGCUGUCAGUGCCUGCUGACCAGGUCGAGGACUUUGUGUUGCCUGGUGAUAUCCCUUUAUUCCCCGUGAAACUUGGGGAAUCUGGGUAUUUAGGCAACAAUACUAUAUUAGGUGCACCCAUAGAUAUGAACAGACACAAUCCAGACAAUUUUGAUGAGAUAAUGCCUUUCGAUUUCAUCAGUAAGUCAAUUUAUUCCGUGAGUCACUCCAACCCGAAGAGAAGAAUCGAAGGCCCACUGAGGGAAGCCAUCGAUGACGUCAUCAGAGAGGUAAUGGAGAUCAUCAACGCGCCGUCCCGUCAGCGCGGACGGAUUAUCGACUUUAACGAGUUGUUAUACGGUUACGUUCGGCUUGACCCGCUGCACGGCGUCGAUUACAUACUGGACUUGUUGCUCAAGUACAGAAGGUACCGGGGACGGAAGAUGACAGCUUCUGUGAGGAGACACGCAUACUUGCAGCAGACAUUUACUGCCAUGGAGGUAAGAGAGCUACCAAUGGGAGAGCCUCCGCCAUUCGAAGACCCAAAAAUUCUCAAAGAGAGCAGCGACAAAGAGUUUAUUAACGAUUACGAAGACUUCGACGAGUCGAGUCAACAGCAGAACAGUUUUCUAGAUUUCGGGAGACUCAAUGUUAGAGGAGCAUUGGAGAGCAGCCUAAUGAAGAUUCACCACACUCUUCCCAAAGUUUUACAAUGGAACGACGAACCGGAAUACGCUGUUUUUGAUCGAAAGAUACAUUUCAUACUACCGCUGUUGGGCAGACAGGAGAUUUUCGGGAGAUUCAUGAAGAACUAUGAGGACAUCGUAUUAAAAAGCAACGAGGCUGUGAGAUUAAUAGUUGUACUUUAUUUAGAUAGUAAGAAUCCGUUAGACUACAAAAAUGCGGAGUCUUUAAUUAAUUACUAUGAAGAUACAUAUGGAAAGGAGAUCAAAUUGGUUGAGAUGGGAUCGACUACAUUCUCCAGAGGGGCGGCGUUGACUGAAGGCCUCAAAUUGUGUUCAGGUGAUGAUUUAGUGUUCUUCAUAGAUGUAGAUAUGAUGUUCAAUUUUGUGACUCUCAGGAGAAUUAGGAUAAAUACCAUUAAAUACUAUCAAGCAUUCUCUCCAAUAGUGUUCAGUGAAUAUAACCCUGAAGUGGUGAAUGGUGAAGACUAUAAUAUGUUUAAAGGUGAAACUCCCGUUACGAAUUCUGAUGUAGAUGAUAAAAAUAUAGUGAGUGAUGAAAGUGUAAAGAGCGACCGGGAAAUUGCUAAUCUAAAGUACUCUAAAGACAUAAACGAUGAUAAUGGAUACUUUAGACAGUACGGAUUUGGCAUCCUUAGUAUUUAUAAGUGCGAUUUUGAUAGGGUAGGCGGCUUCAAUUUAAGUAUAAAAGGUUGGGGGUUAGAGGAUGUGCAUUUAUUUGAGACAUUGAUAAAAUCAAACUUGACAGUUUAUAGAGCUGCCGAUGACAGUUUAGUGCAUAAAUUCCAUUCUGUGGACUGUGAUAAGAAUUUAGAGAAGAGUCAGUUCUUGAUGUGUUUGGGGACGAAAGCAUCGACGUAUGGUAGUGAGAAACACAUGACAUAUUAUAUGUUAAAUCACCCAGAAAUUCUGUGGCCCGAAGAAGAGAAAGGUGUCAGCUAGUACAGGGUCCAAUUAUGUAUAUAUUUUAUCGAAUUAGAUGUUAUUUUGCUGAAGUCCAUUUCAUUACUUAAUGGAUUUAUACUAGUUUUUAUAAUUCCGCUACCAUUAGCAUGUGUGUACCAAACAUAUUCAGUGCGGAAACCUGACCAUCGUCACUAGAAGCGUGAAGACCUUCAGCCAAAUUCCGUCCGUUAAGUGAAGUCGCUGUUUGGUCGCCGAACAGUCUACACUAAGCUUCCAAGCUACAUCCGAACUCUAUUCAAUUCCUGAUGAUGACCUCGUUCAGAGGCGAAACGCGUUUCACUAUAUGUGUGUAGAUUCAAUAACGGUCGGAAUUUGGUCACCAACAGAGAAAGUCGUAACACUUCCAGA